AUGACAAAACUUACAGAUGGAACCCGUCACAUUUCAGGAGUUGCCCUCUUGCCCGCCCAAAAGGCCACGCGCCAAUCCGUGAAACGCUACGCGCGCAAUCUGAGUGUCCGCCGCACCACCCGUACCGCAAUCGUGCAGGCUCGCCGUGCCAUGACCACCGGCGAUGCUGAUUCGGCGGAGUCGGUGCGCAAUGCGAUGCGUCUGCUGGAUAUCGCGGCGCGCAAGGGUGUGCUGCACAAGAACAACGCUUCCCGCCGCAAGGCCCGGUUGGCUGCGGCGUUGCAGAAGAUGGAAGCGAGUUAG